AUGGCAUACCAACCUAGGAUUGAUCCUCCGACUGGACAAUCAUUCUGUUCUAGAGGGGGAAGCCGGGCCCAAAUAUGUAGAGAUAGGACCGAAUGGAGAUUGCUAUUCAGAAAUGAAAGAUUCUACGUGCACGGUAGAGAUGUUGAAAGGAUGAAUGUGGAGAGGUAUAUAAGAGAUCGAGUCGGUGGAACCAUCGUCGACCCCUCCUCUUGCAACUUCAUCAUCGUAUCUUACGAGCCGAUAUACGCCAGAUCAUUCGCCGAAUCACUCCCCCGAGAGCAGGGUGAGAAGGUGAUCAGGUUUGAAUGUAUUAGGGAUAGUGUAGAGAAGGGUGCGAUACAGAGUAGGAAGCUGUUUUGGGCUAUUCCAAGGGAAGAUCUCGAUGCUGUAUACAAAUCUGGACCGGAGAAUCAUGCAACUCAAGAUAGCCCCAAUCUGUCUCGACGACUCGAUAUCCAUCGAUCUUGGGAACAUAAGAGAGGUGAUGAUGGUUUUGGUCAGAAUGAUGAAAGUAGAUGGGAGAAGGACAACGGGUGGAAAGAUAGAGUCAAGAAAGACAGUGGUGAUUGUAUCAAGUCUACUUCCUCGAAUACUCCACAAGGGUUCAAUCGCCAUAACAAUAACGCCAAGGGUAUCUUUCGACACCAUAUUAUCUGGGUAGUGGGAGCACCAGGCCAGCAUAGAUACCUCGAGAAUCUAUUCAUGUCUCAUGGGGGGCUCAAAUCUCACAAUCUGACCUCGGCUACGCAAGUGGUCUUCUACCCACCAAAUAGGGGAUUUGAAGCAGUGACGAAAAAUGACCACAUUCGUGGGGAAAACUUAUACGGUAAAGGCGUCAGAUGCUUGACCUAUAGAUGGGUUGAAGAUUGUGUCAAGGCUGAAAGAUUGCUGGAUGAGAAAGACUAUCUGGUGGAGAAGAAGGAUCUUUUCGAUAACGAUUUUUGGAGAAGGGUAAAAGAACGAAGCCUUGAGGAUGUACAGAGCUGUAGAGAUGGAGAAUCAGGAUCUUCGACCGAGAUUCACCAAGGUGGAAACGAAAAUCGCAGAGAGUCUUGCUUUGGAGUCAAGCAUCAAGAGAUCGAUGGUUUGGACGAUUUUAAAUCCAACAUCCAUCCUGAUCAAGUCGCUUCCCUUCUCAGAAAAUUGACCGCGAGAGUCGGAACAGUCAUAGAAGCUGCUCAAAGUCAGAUUAGAGAUACAGCUCCAGCACAGAUCCCUUCUAAGUUUAGUCACGGCGGUGAUGGGUCCAUCGACCGACAGCUACCAGUAGACAUGGUCGCCGAUCGUUAUCCUACUCCCAUCUCACCUGUUCGCGAGUCUUCCUACCAGUUCUCGAAAUCAUGGUCAGGCCCUACCAAGUCAGAUGGCUUUGCGAUGAACAUCGGUGAAGCCGCUCUUCAAGAAGAUUCAUUGGAAGUUACUCAGCUUCAAGCACUGGCGACACCUCGACAGUCUAUCUCGAGCUCGGGAAGUCAAAACAAAGAGAUAUAUCAGCCCCUAACAGGGAAAUUGAUCUGGGUUGUUGGACCUGGUUCUGCGAGAGAUACAUUACACCCAAAGAUUAUGCAACUUGGAGGAUCACUGUCUACUCGUUUACCCAACUCAACUAUCGUCGUAUUCUGUCGAAGCGCGGCGAAGCCUUUCAUCAUGUCAAGGAUGAGGGACUUUGAACGAGCCACGGAGAGCGACUGUCUGAUCGUUGCAGAGAGCUGGAUACACGACUUAUAUCUUGUCAAGACGUACAUCGAACCGAAACUUUAUUUUAUUAAAGGUCCUGAAGUGUUAUUGGAUGUGCAACUUUGGGAUAGAAUUAUACCUUGGGGUCGGAUAAGGGCUGACGAUCAGCGACACAUCGGAGAAGACGAUAAGCAUCCUGAACCUUGGCAGAAAUAUCUUGGGGCGGAACAUGGAGAUAAUUGUCAUCGAUCCACAAAGGAAGGGCAAGUCCGAGAGCAGUCAAUUCCGGCGGCUGGACAGGAGGAACGAGGAGAACCUACUGGAGCUUCAUAUAAACACGUAGAACCUCAACAUAUAGCUAGGGAUCCGAUGGGUCUUGCGGUACUGGAAAGGAGCAGACAGGGUGACUGUGUACCUUUGUCUCUACAGCCUUUGGCCCUGGAUCCUCGUCGUGCGCCCAAACCACCUUUGCCUAAUUGUCAUGAUAUUCAAGCCGAUUCGACGAGGCUUCCUGCUAAGAUCGAUGGGCCAUUUCCAGAGGAGAGAACCGAGAUUGACGGUCUUGUGGUACCGGUACCAACGAUUGUUCACGAACAGGAUGACAGCGAUGACUAUGCUGAUUUAGCUGGUAUCUUCUCCUCGGACGCAGCAGAGAAUGAGACUGAUAGGGAGGAAUCGGAUCUUACACCUGCGCCAGCCGUCCAGAACGAGGCGUCAUCGAACGUUCCCGUCAAACGAGGUCGAGGUAGGCCCAAGGGAACUUUCAAGAAAAGAUCGAGACUGCCAGAUGGUCCAAAGACCCAAACAAAAGGAAAGGCAAGAUCGAAGGCUUUGACCAACGAAGAGGUAGACUAUAUAAAUGAAAUGGUAGGGCUGGGUGAUGAGGACAGUGAUGAUAGCGAUUACACACCGGUGAAAAGGCGAAAAAGUAAUACUCGCAAAGCAUUCCGAAUGUCGUCUUCAAAAUCCGGAAGCAGCAGUACUCCAAACUACCAGGAAUCUAUCGGCGGAAACGAUGAGGGAGGUACGGCAACCGUAUAUAGAUACACUGAAGCUUUACCAAAAGAUAAAAAGAGGUUCGAUGAGUUGAUGGCAGUUUUGAGAACCAAGGUGGAGAACAAUGAUUUUCCCGAUGGAUUGAGGAAAUAUUUAGCCACUCUUCCUGGAGCUACACACAUAUACAGGAAGUACCGAAACUUGUUCAGAGGCACCUUACCCGGCCUACCUCAGGGCGCCGUCCAGAGAUAUUCUUACGAUUCAUCCCUCGCGAAAGGUAAAUAA